AUGUUUUUCAACAAUGACGCAAAUCAUGCCAACCCACGCCUUCCACCCCUCCUACCACUUCCACCACUUCCACCCGUAUUUGGACGAGAUGGGUUUGAAAUCGAAAUCCCAGAGAUAACACCAGGACUGGGACGAUAUUGGUUUGGUUGGGGAUCAAAUAAUAAUGAGGUCGUUUCAAAGAGUAUUACUACUUUACAAAAUAGAAAUGCAAACCUACGAAGGGAGAAUGGACGAUUGCGAAAUCUAGACGAAUUAUGGAAAGGGGAGGUCAGACGACUGCGAAAUCAAAGUGCCAGACCGGACAGACAGGAUGAGCGACAAAAUCAAAUUAUUGAGGAACUACGUGGCCAGUUGGCCGAAUUAAGAGGACGAGAUGAGCAACAUACGCAAAUUAUUCAAGGGCUCGGGGAACGGGUAGAAAGAUUGGGCGAGAAAGAUCAGACGAUUGACAACCUACGUAUUCAAGUCUCGGAGCUAAGGAGGGAAGUUGCUCUACACGCGCAAAAUAUUCGGGAACUCACAGGUCAGGUAGCUAAAGCUGGCGAGAAAGAUCAGACAAUUGAGGAACUGCGCAUUCAAUUGUCGGAGGUAAGGAGGGAGAACGAUUCACAUGCACAAACUAUCCAAGGACUCAGGGAUCAAGUAACCAAAGCAGGAGAGAAGAAUCAGACAAUUGAGGAACUACGAACUCAAAUGUCGGAGGUAAGAAGGGACAAAGACUCACAUGCACAAACCAUCCAAGAGCUCAGGGAGAAAAUAGCCAAGCUACUUGACAACCCAUCCGUCGAGGACCUCCGUACUCAAAUAACCACCCUGUCAGAGACGAUUGAACAAAAAGACCAGAUCAUCCAAAACCUGCACAAGCAAAUAACCAUCCUAACCGAACAGCACAGCAAACAAGUGACAGAGUUCCGCGCACGCAUCACCACCAUCUCAAAGGAAAACGACGAGCGCGUCAACAUCAUGUCGGAACUGCGCAUGAAGCUCACGGAGGAACAUGAAAAAAAUAUGAAGCAGGAAUGGACCAUCUCCACCCUCCGCCAUAAAUUGAUCAACGACGCGGAAAUGUGCGAGGUGCGUCGCGCGUGGGCGGAGCGACAGCACGAGACGGAGAUGGAAAAGGCGCAGUAUGAGCUUGGGGAAGUGCGGGCGGAGAAUGCGGCGCUGAAGCGGCGGGUGGAGAUUGCGGAAGCGGAGAGGGAUGAGGCGAGGAAGAAGGAGAAGGUGAUGAGUGAUGGGUUUGAGGAGGUGGUGGAGAGGAGGAGAGCGCUGGAGGUGGCGAAUGAAUUGUUGGAGGAGAGGUUGAUGAGGUUUAAGAGGAGAGAGGAGGAGGCGGAGGCGGAGGCGGAGGCGGAGGCGGCGAAAUAG